CGACGCUGAAAACCGUUGGAUGGGCGGACGACGACGACGACUUUGACUUCUCCGCUGGAUCCGAGCUCGCGGCGCCGAUGAAGACACAAAAGCCCGAUUUUACGUUCGCACAAAUCGCCAAGAUGCGUUAGACCGCCAAGACUGGCGACUGACGUCCUCGACGAGCGUUUCGCGUCGCGGCGGUCGAUGUCAAACCUCGUCUCGCGUGUACUUUACAUCUUUAACCCGCGUCCACCGGUGGUGUGAUCGCCGUGGAAUCACCACCAGAUCGACGCAAUGUUUAAUAACGUCACGAUUCACACUCUCUGGCGCCACGUCUCGCCGCGUCGCCGCGCGCGUUCGCCCGUUCGGCGAUGGUUCCAAUCGACACACACGGACCUUUGAAUCCGAGUCACCGACGCGCGGAAUCGCGGGUUCAUUCCCUCGCGCGUCAACAUGUUCACCGUUCAAGCCACGCAAAUCGUCACCACGGCUAAGGCGCCGACGACGAAGCCCGCGAAGCGCGUCCAAAAGGCGGCGUCGCUCGGCUUGGCCGCCGUCGUCGCGGUUUCGCUUCAAGUCGCCCCGGCUCGCGCCGAUCUCACCUCCGAUUUGCUCGCGAAGACGGAAGCGAACAAGGAGUUGAACGAUAAGAAGCGCGCCGCGACGUCGAGCGCGAACUUUGAACGCUCUCGCACCGUCACGGAUGGGUUUUGCAACUUUCCGCAAAACAUCUUCGGGUGCGAAAACGCCGCGGAGAAGGGCGACGUCAAGUUUUUGUCCGACGAUUUGAAGGUCGAGUGCGAAGGCACGGAUGCCGGUAAAAUCUGCGCCAGCAAGAACUCUGGUUCGUACCCGUCCUUCCUCGGUUUGUAAGCGUGCGAGCGCGGAGCCCAAACGCGUCGACGCGU